CACAACGAAUUUGUUGUUCUAGUCGGCGCCGAUAAAACCCAAAAAUUUUAGUUUGUUAGGAAUUUGAGCACCGCUGUGCGAAACUCUAUCAAUAAACCUAAAAUUUUCACGACUAAACGAGCCUAACCAACUUUUUACACAAACACAUAGCAGUGCCUAGCGUUAGAAAUGCCUUUGCCAAGUGGUUCGUUCAAUACUCAAAGUGGGCCCACAUGCUUUGACAAAAUGAAAACAGGCUUUACCAUUGGAUUCUGUGUGGGCAUGGCCAGUGGUGCGCUCUUCGGUGGAUUCUCGGCACUCAGAUACGGACUGCGUGGCCGAGAACUGAUCAACAAUGUGGGUAAAGUGAUGAUUCAGGGCGGUGGUACGUUUGGUACAUUUAUGGCUAUUGGCACAGGUAUACGCUGCUGAGACUGCGCAUGCAACAGAUUGCAUUUUUUGGCGGACCCCCAAACCCAAACCCACGCCACAGAGUAAAGACCCGAACUAAAGCUAAGUCUUCAAGUUAAUGUGAACAUGAGAAAAUGCUGUUAAAAUUAUGCUAUAAGUUAUUGCAAUAGAUGAGUUGUUAAGCCAA